AUGUCGUGCUGUGCCGGUCAUGCCGCAGCUCAGUCGACCACUUCCUGGCUGCUCGACUUUUUCACCUCUUCGCCUUUGCUCGCUACAAUCGUCCUUGGACCCGUCAUAGCUGCCAUCUUGGCUGCUUAUCCGCUGCUCAUCUGGCUCAGCCCGCGUCCGCUUGAACCCACUCCCGAUGAGCUGCGUUUCUAUACUGCUGCAGACCUUCUGGGUCCGGCAGCCACGAUCGAGGAGGAGGAGAAGAAGAAGAAGGAGGGAUCGAACGGCGCAUCGAAUGGCACUCGCAAGCUACCAAGCAUCGAAGAUGCACCACAAUGCCAGCUCAGCGUCAUCAUCCCAGCGUACAACGAAAAGCACAGAUUACCUUCCAUGCUCGAGGAAACGCUUGCCUUUCUCAACCGGGACCAGGCUCUCUCGAGGCUGGAUCACGCUCCCGGCAAGAACAUAAGCACCGCGUGCGAUGCGCUGCGAGAACCUCUUGCACGGGUAGAGAUCAUCGUCGUGGAUGAUGGCAGCUCGGAUGGCACAGGCGAUGUAGUGCUCGAGCAUGCGCGCAACCAACAGUCACGGUGGGGCAAGGUCGAGCUGCGGCUGAUCAGGCUGAGCAGGAAUCGUGGUAAAGGCGGAGCCGUUCGGCACGUGAGUGCAUCAGAGCGACGUCGCAUGCAUGUCCUCGUUUCCCUUUCUCACAGAGACUUGCUUCACUCCACCUGCUCUAGGGCAUGCUACACGCGAGGGGAGCUUUGCUCCUCUUUGUGGACGCUGAUGGAGCCACCAAAUUCGAAGCGCUGUCGGCACUCGCGACAGAGCUGGACAGGAUACGUACGCCUGCCGGUCAUGGUAUCGUGGCAGGGUCCAGAGCACACCUGGUGGGCAGCGAUCAAGUCGUCAAGGUGAGUUGCACGGUAACGUCUCGAGCUUUGCGACGUAGCUCAUUCGGCGCUCUCUCUUCGCUCUCUUCGCUCCACUCAGCGAUCCUUUGUUCGCAAUCUUCUCAUGCAUACCUUCCACUUGGUGCUAAGCCUGCUAAUGCGGCCGCCUGCUAUCGGAAAGGUGCUCCAGCGUCACUUGCCGUCCUUUCUCGUUUCGCAAAACACACUCAAACGAACGACGUUACCUUCCCAGCCCGAGAUUCGCGACACGCAGUGCGGCUUCAAGCUGUUCAUGCGGGAAUCAGCCAGGGUGGUCUUCCAAGGCUCUCACAUCGAGAGAUGGAUCUUUGAUGUCGAGCUGCUACUUCGAGCCGAGUUGAGCAGCCAGACGGCCCAUGUGCGUCUUGCUAAUUGCGGCAGCAGUAUGCGAGAAGUACGGAAGGAAGCCGGGUUUCCUCUGCCUCAUUCUGGAAAAGGCAAGGCCGACACGGUGGCAGAUGUGUUGCUCGAUCUGCCAUUGCCGAUUGCCGAGGUGCCCGUACAAUGGACAGAAGUUUCUGGAUCGAAAAUCGACCUGCUCAAAGAUUCCCUCGGCAUGGCUUUGGAUUUGGUCAUCAUUCGCGCUAAUUACGCUCUCGACCGUUGGCCCAGUCCGAAGCCUGCCAAGGUCUGA